UGCAGCAUGUUAUCACUCAUCUAAGAAAACUGACUGAACCUGAGACAACCUCAUCAAAAACAUCAGAAAAACAACAGUGAGGCUGAUAAAACUCAGAAGUAUCAGAUACCAAACUGACAGUUCUUCUUCUUCAGAAGAAAAAAGACUACCAUCACUUUUAAAGAUGUCCAGACUGAUGCUCUUUGUUCUAGGCAUGAUGCUGCAAGCAUGUAUUAUAAUGUCCAAUGCUUUGACCACUCCUAGUCCAGAAGAAGAAAUCGUUGGAGUUUUAGAAAGGGCAAAGCAGGCGUACAGAGAAACAAAGGCUAAAGUUCUAAAUGUUGGCAGUUCCGUAGCAGAUUUGGCUGGCAUGUACUAUGAGGAACAUCUCAAGCCUGUAGCUGACUCUUACAAAGACUGGGCUAGAGAAAAAGCAAGUUCCCUCUGGGACAGACUCAAAGACAGGGUAUCCACCUUAAGAUCAACCUAAAUACUUCAAACAGUCCAAGAGAACUUUGUAAAACUACAAAUAAGAAGUGUAUUUCAAUGUAUUGGUGGUGUGGUGGAGUUAAUACACCAAACCAGGCAUCCAUUGUUCUCAUUCCAUUGCAAAACAGUACAACUAAACAAAAAUACAGCAAAACUGUAUCUGUCUGUUUAAAACUGAUCAAAAGCAUGCUUCUUUAGAAAGUUUAUUCAUAAAGUUAUUUUCUGUAUGUUUUUUCUGAACAUCAGACUAAUUAAAUGCUGAUUAAUAUCACAACACAGACUUGGAUAUUUUAGAAUCUUUGCAUGAGAGGAUAAGAGGAUGCAGUAAAUGGAAAAAGGAAGAAAAGAAGAGAACAAAGACAAAGCAAAAUGAAAGGAAGAAGUUAGACAUAUUUGGGCUUAAUAAUUCUAUUCUAAUUAAUGCACACACACACACACACACACACACACACACACACACACACACACAGAGACACACACACGCACACACACACAAAAGAGAAUUAAAAUAGAUCCACAGGUUCUAGAUAAGACACGUAAUGUUCCAAAGUUGAAAGUUCACUGGGUCUGUCUCUGUCUAUUUGGCAUGUGGAAAGCUUUUUUUACAACCUUUGAACAGCCUUUGCUCCACUCUUAUUAGCGUAUGUACAUCAAAGCCAAUAACUCUGAUUCUGCCACUCUUGCAAAAAAAGAGAAAAGAAAAAAAAAAAGAACCAGCUGUCCAACAGAGUCACAAUCAGUCAUUUUUGUGCUGAAUAUGUUGUAAAAAAAAGUUGCAUGUUCAUUUGUAUUUUUAAAAAGUGAAAUGCAUGAUUGAGCAGACUUAAAAAAAAUAUUUUUUAGAAACUUCUGUGUCUUUAGAAGUGCAUUUACAUAUUGAACAUAUAUAUUAUAUUAUAAUAGAAUACAUACAGUAUAUUAGGCCUAUACCGUAUCUUUUACUCAAGAGGACACCAAAAGGGCACUUAAAAGAAAUUAAGUUCAGGUCAUUAUGGGAUAAUGAUGCAUCUUCUGUUUCAUCUUUAAUGCAGGUACCAUUUAACUGUAAUUAACUUGGGUCUAACAGAGCACUUAAACAUCUUCAAUUAGUGAUUUCAUAAGUAUUGUUUCAUGCCUUAUUAAUACACAGUCAUGCACACAGGGAACAGUGGACUUUGAGUAAGCAAACCA